UCGACAGCCGUGCUCUCAAUAACAAUAUUUAACAUCAUCAUCCACGGUCUCUCUGUGUAUAUAUUAUCGGCAAAACAUUAAAAACGCUUCCUUUGGAAUUUUGAUUUUAUAUUUUUUAUUCAAACUUUCUGAAAAUAGAAUGGCCCACUUCAUCUUGUCGUGUUGCCCUGUUGUGGAAUAGUUUGAGACUUUUGUUUUUUUAACUUCUUGCUGUCAGGGCCUUGCUCAAGAAGUUCCUUCUGCACGAAGAUCAAAUAUUUGUUAACUGUUUCAUGGUCAAGUGCUUAAAGAAUCUCCCCUUUUACAUGUUUGUCUAUAUAUUGCAGUAACUAGACAGGCGAAGGAGGAGGAGAGAAAGAAGAGACAGAUAACUCAUUAUUGCUUUACUGUUUUGAUUAUUGUUUUUGAGCUCAUUGUGUACAUCUCAUUGCUCUUCAUUGUGUUUGGACUUGCUGCCAUGGACAUGGUCACAACUGAACAAGGUUCUUCUGAUCCUCUUCCAUUUGCCAGAUGUUAUCAGCUGGAAGCAUUGGAAAAGGCAAUUAAGCAGAACACAAUAGUCUUUUUGGAGACUGGUUCCGGGAAGACUUUGAUUGCCAUAAUGCUUCUUCGACACUACGCUUAUCUUCUGAGGAAACCUUCACAGUAUAUUGCUGUCUUCUUAGUGCCCCAAGUUGUUCUGGUCUCACAGCAAGCGAAAGCUAUAAAACUGCACACUGAUUUAAAGGUUGGAAUGUAUUGGGGAGAAAUGGGAGUGGAUUAUUGGGAUGCUGCAACAUGGAAUGAAGAGAUAAGCAAACAUGAGGUAAUUGUGAUGACACCUCAAAUUUUGCUAAAUGGCUUGAGGCACAGCUUUUUCAAACUUAGCAUGAUCAAAGUUUUAAUUCUUGAUGAAUGCCACCAUACCAGGGGUAAAUACCCAUAUGCUUGUAUCAUGACGGAGUUCUAUCACCCCUUAUUAAAAUCAGGUGAAUCUGAUCUUCCUAGGAUUUAUGGGAUGACUGCAUCUCCUAUAAAGUCUAAAGGAGCUAACUCGAAUCAUGGUUAUUGGGAGAAUAUUGAUGAACUUGAGACUCUUAUGAAUUCAAAGGUUUAUACAUGCAGCAGUGAAUCAGUAAUUGCUCAUUAUAUACCAUUUUCGACUCCAAAGUUCAAGAUAUAUAAGUAUAUUGAAUUUCCAUAUGCUUUAUAUGCUCGCUUAGAAGAUGAGUUGAAUUCCUUAUUAUCAAAGCAUGAAAUUUCUCUGAAUAAUUCGGAUCUUAUUGACACACAAGCAGAGUCUAUAAGGAAGAAAGUAUGGAAGAUACAUUCAACUUUGUUAUUUUGUGUAAAGGAGCUUGGUGUUUGGUUGGCUUUGAAGGCUGCACGGAGCUUAUCACGUUACGAAAAUGACUUUUUUGCCUGGGGUCAUUUGGAUGUCCUCGGUGGGUCAAUUGUUAAAAGAUUCAGUUCGGAUGCUCAUAAAGUAUUUGCCACUGUCAUACCAUCAGUGCCAGGGUGGUCCAUUGGCAAUAAUGUUAAAGUCAACGUAGAUACUGGACUUCUAACAGAAAAAGUUGCUUGCCUAUUUGACUGUCUCCUUGAGUACAGGGCUUUGCAGGACAUAAGAUGUAUAAUUUUUGUGCAAAGGGUCAUUACAGCUAUUGUGCUUGAAGCUCUACUAAAUGAGUUGCUUCCAGGAUACUGCAGCUGGAAGACAAAAUAUAUUGCUGGAAAUAAUUCUGGGCUGCAAUGCCAAUCCAAGAAAAAACAAAAUGAAAUUGUGGAAGAAUUCCGUCAAGGCCUUGUGAACAUCAUUAUUGCAACGUCAAUACUUGAAGAGGGUUUAGAUGUUCAAAGCUGCAACCUGGUUAUUAGAUUCGACCCGUCAGCUACUGUAUGCAGUUUCAUACAGUCCCGAGGUCGUGCUAGAAUGCAAAAUUCAGAUUAUUUAUUAAUGGUGAAGAGUGGGGAUCGUACUGCUCUUUCCCGGCUGGAGAAUUAUCUUGCCAGUGGAGAAAUAAUGAGAAAAGAAUCCCUGCGUCAUGCUUCGCAUCCUUGCUCUCAUCUUGGAAAUGGUAAGCAUGAUGAGGACUAUUAUUGUGUUGAAAGCACUGGAGCAAUCGUGACACUCAGUUCAAGUGUUGGUUUGAUACACUUCUAUUGCUCACGACUUCCUUCAGAUGGAUAUUUUAAACCUUCUCCAAGGUGUGUUAUAGACAAGGAGAUGGAGAUUUGCACACUGUAUCUUCCCAAGAGCUGCCCUAUACAGAUUGUUCAAGUUCAGGGAAAUGUUAAAGCUCUAAAGCAAAUUGCAUGUCUCGAAGCAUGCAAGCAACUCCAUCAAAUUGGUGCGUUAACAGGUAAUCUUGUUCCUGAAAUUGUUGUGGAAGAAGCCGAGGCACAAAAAUCUGAGAACGAUCCAUAUAAUGACGAGCAACCCAUUUACUUCCCACCUGAACUUGUAAAUGAGCAUGCUCACAUAGCCAAGACAAUGUAUCAGUGCUACUUAAUUGAGUUGAAACAGAACUUCAAUUAUGAUGUUCCACUUCAUGAUAUUAUCCUUGCCAUGAGGACUGAGCUUGAGGAUGAUAUUUUGAAUGUGAAUUUUGAUAUGGAAGUUGAUAGGGGUACAUUGACAGUCAGCUUGAAGUAUGUUGGAUUUAUUGAGCUUACCAGAGAGCAGGUCCUUUAUUGUAGGAGGUUUCAGAUUACUAUUUUCAGAGUUCUUCUGGAUCAUAAUGUAAAAAAAUUGGCAGAAAUUUUGGAUGGAUUUCAACUAGGGAAGGGUCCUGAGGCAGAUUAUCUUCUGCUUCCAUCCACUAACUCACAUCAGCCGUUGAUUGAUUCAACCUCUGUUGCUUCUGUUUUAUUUCCUUGUAACUAUCGUCCAAAGGAUCACACAAACUGUCCAUCGGAGGGAAAUGCCCAUUUUGUGGAGACCAAAAGUGGCCGAUUUUGCACUUGUAUGAUUCGAAAUUCUUUGGUCUACACCCCGCACAAUGGUUACAUCUAUUGUAUCACGGGUAUUUUAGAUCAUUUGAAUGCAAAUUCACUUCUAACAAUGAAAGAUGGAGCUGUUAUCACGUACAAGGAGUACUAUAAACAAAAGCAUGGUGUCCAUUUAUGUUCUGAUGAGGCAAUAUUGCUGAAUGGGAGACACCUUUUUACUGUGAAGAACUACCUUAAUAACAACAGACACCACAAAGAGAGAGAUCCAAGUCAUUUAACUGUUGAAUUGCCUCCUGAACUAUGUGAAGUAAUCAUGUCUCCUAUAUCCUGGAGUACAUUUUAUUCUUUCAGUUUUGUUCCGUCUAUUAUGCAUCGUUUUCAGUCUUUGCUUCUCGCUAUCAACUUGAAGAAGAUGCUUUUGGAUGAUUGUGUGCAAAAUGUUACUAUUCCAACUAUGAAGGUUUUGGAAGCAAUCACAACCAAAAAUUGCGUAGAGAGUUUUCAUCUAGAAUCACUUGAAACUCUUGGAGACUCCUUUUUGAAAUAUGCGGCUAGUCAUUAUUUAUUCAUACAGCAUCAAAAUAAUCAUGAAGGUCUUCUGAGUGUUAAAAAGGAGAGGAUAAUUUCGAAUGCAUCAUUGUGCAAGCUAGGAUGUGACCACAAAAUUCCGGGAUUUAUUCGUACUGAGCCCUUUGAUCCGAAGAGUUGGAUAAUUCCUGGUGAUAAUUCUGGAAGUUAUCCAUUACAGGAGGAGUUACUUUCUGAUACAAGAAAAAUUUAUGUAAGCGGUAAAAAGAAUGUAAAAGGUAAGACUAUAGCUGAUGCAGUUGAGGCACUAAUUGGUGCAUUCAUCAGCACGGCUGGUGAAAGCGCAGGGAUACUAUUUCUUAAUAGGAUAGGCAUAGAUGUAGAUUUUGUGAAUAUACCAUAUCAGAGACAUUUCCAAAUUCAGGCAGAGAAGCUUAUUAAUCGCGCUCAUUUAGAGUCUCUGCUGAAUUAUGAAUUCCAUGAUUCGUCUCUUUUAGUGGAAGCCCUAACCCAUGGUUCUUACAUGCUUCCCGAGAUUCCAAGUUGUUAUGAGCGGCUGGAGUUUCUUGGAGAUGCAGUUUUGGAUUAUCUUAUUACGGAUCAUUUAUACAACAAAUAUCCAGGAAUGUCUCCUGGAUUAAUUACUGAUUUGAGAUCUGCUUCUGUAAAUAAUGAUUGUUAUGCACAAUCAUCCGUGAAGCAUGGAUUACAUAAGCAUAUUCUCCAUUGUUCAAAUGAACUGAGUAAGCAAAUUUUUGCAACAGUAGAGAGAUUUGAGAAAUCACCUUUAGGGUCUACAUUCGGCUGGGAAUCUGAAUCGUCUUUUCCCAAGGUACUUGGAGAUAUCAUUGAAUCUCUGGCGGGGGCGAUAUAUAUUGAUUCGGGGUACGACAAGGAAAAGGUCUUCAAGAGUAUAAGGCCACUUUUGGAGCCUUUGGUUACUCCUGAGACAGUGAGGUUUCACCCUGCUGCGGAGUUGCAUGAAAUCUGUCAAAAACAACAUUUUGACAUGAAAAAACCAGUCGCUGCCCGGAUUAACGGUGUUGCUAUUGUCACUGUAGAGGUUACAGCCAAUGGGAGACUAUUUAAACAUACUUCUACGGCUGAUGACAAGAAAACAGCUAAGAAAUUAGCUUGCAAAGAAGUUUUAAAGUCUCUAAAGGAAAGCAUUUCCGUAAAGUAAAGUCAUGGAAAUGGUUUUGGGUGAUUGUUACUAGAAUGGAAGAACAAAAUAUUGAUGUAUAGCACAAGAACAGGUUAAAUUGCCAAAUGAGAGUUACUUGUUUUCUUUUGCUUUAAUGAACCCAACACCCUCUAACGUUUUUCGCAUGGGCACCAAUUUGCCAAAAACAUUCGAGGGUGUUGGUUUCGUGGUGAUAUCAAGGGUGGUGAUGUCAAGGGUGAAGGGUUGUUGAACACUUUUGCAUUGACUAACCAAAAUAUAAUAAAUAAUGAUAUUGGAUAACUAAAUAAAUCGAUUUUAUAUCUAAUUAUCAAUUUGAAGCUCUAA